GUACUAGCUGCGUAAAGUGUACUCAAUGUUUUUUUUUUUCUAUUGUUGUUUCAUCAAUGCAAAUACCAAAAGACCACUUGACUAGGAAAAACUAGAGACUCACAAGUCUUCCUCAUUUGCAAUUUGCAGACAUUUCAACUCAAAAGACCAGUUGACUAGGAAAGACUAGAGAGUCAACGACCUAACAUCACACGCUCUUCCUAGCUUUACUUAGAAUUAACUUUGUUAUAUUAAGCUCAUUUGAUUUCAGUGUUCCAAGGUAGAGUACUAAAGUCAAGAGAGACCAAGAUCAAAGAGAGAAUGGAUAAGAACAAUACCAAAACUUUUGUGAAAUUUGCAGCUCUUGCAAUGGUUUUAGCCGCCCUGGUGCUGAAGGAAGAACCUACGAGCAUUCCUGUAUGUAAUAUCGACACAAACAGCUUGGAGAAAUGUCGUCCAGCCGUCACCGGAAACAACCCAUCUCCUCCAGGCAACAAAUGCUGCAUAGUCCUCCAAGCCGCUAAUCUCGAAUGCAUCUGCAGAUUCAAGUCUUAUAUCCCCAUUUUAGCGACUAACCAAUCUAAAGUCCAGGCUCUUCUGACAAAAUGUGGCCUUACAACAAUCCCUCCUGCUUGCAAAGGUAAAAUCAAAGCACCAUAGAAAUAUUCAAAACCACUGGCUUAGUAUGAUUUGCAAGUAUAGAAAGAAAGUCUUACGUUUAUUUUGUUGAGAAAAAAAGUUCUUACGUUUAUUUUUCUGUACGUUGUCGUAUCUCUGGAGACAAACCACUCUACCCUAUUGUCCUGGAACUGACCUGGAGUGUCUGAAUUACAAUAUAUCUUCUGAUUCAAAUAAAUCACAAUCUUGAAAUGA